GAUCGAUCCAUGCAUGAUGAUGCCCGACACCCACACCCACUUGCUCCAGGAGCUAUGAGGAUCAAUCCCCCGCAUUCUUCGUUGCUCGUCCUCAGAUGCAGUCAGCGCCGGACUGCUGCAGUACUGGAAUCCUCACCCCUGUUAUUGACCGCCCCCCUUCACCCUAAUGCCACCCCGUCAUCCAGUUUCCCCGCUCUCGUUGGAAACAAUCUCGCCUUCUCCGCUCGAUCUAGACCCCGAUCUUCUUGUCGCUUCCGAUGAUGACCUGGACGAUAAUGACCGUGCUGCUCGAGAUCAGCGGAUAGAGAAGCUCGCUCAGACCUAUCUCCAUGGCACUCCGCUUUUCAUCCUUUCCGCCUCGCUUCGCGGGCCCUUGGACAACGGUUGGACCAAUCCAUGGAGGAAGGACAGGCGAAAGGCCGCCGGCCUAACACGGCAACAAGGAGAAGAAUCGGACCGGUGGGAGCGACCUGUGAUCCCAGAGACGAUCCCGCGCAAACGACCCCUAUACCCUUCGGAUACCUCUCGCACAACGGCUGCCGCUCCUCCUUCCGACCCCCCACGUUUUUCAACGGAACGCGAAUCCCAGAAUGAUGCUGCUAGUGAGCCAUUGCUGAAGCGCCAACGAGACAGUCGCCGGGGGACGCCAAGUUCGAAUAGCGUGCCAAAGAGGACUAUACAAUACAAAAAGGCAAUCGGGUCAAGCGGACAGCCAGAUGCUUUAACCCCACUGCGGCUUACCGAUCAAAGCUGGUUGAAGAAGGACCGUGCAGGAAUUGGCUUCCGAAAGGUCGAUCCACCUACCUCUCCUACAGCUACAAUAUUGUCUCGGCAUCGGGAAGAAGGGCAUUAUACGAUCCAAGUUCCAGGGACCGACUAUCGAGUCACAACGAAGACUCUACUCAGAGCGCGCACAAACUCACGCGAUGACACGACUUUUGACACCCAUAUCCCGGACAGUGUCAAAUCCCAACUCACUAGCAGGCAUCCUGGAGCGCAAUCCAGUAUACAAGGGCCCCUUUCUGAUUCAGAGCACCAGCAGAAUUCACUGUGUGUGGAUAGGUCAACCUCCCAUCUACCGAAAUUUGAAUAUCGGCGCAGGAAACACUCCCCUCAUACGGAAAAUGAUGCCACAUCGCCAGUUAGCACACAUAAGGAAAACAUACAGAUCCCAGAUGAUACAGCCGUUGCUGAGGAUGACCGGACAUUGAGUCAGCACCUGCCAAUUCCCCCAAGUCCAACUUCGAUGCAGGCCAUUGAAGUCGACAUGUCUAGGGGCGAAUCGAACUCGCACAAUAUACAGUCCAAACGCUCUGAUACCAUGGAUCAUCAGGUUAGCACGCAAUCGCGGACAGUCCCAUCAAUCAACAAUGCCGAAGGCGCAAAUGUCAGUGAUAGGUUGCCUUCAGCCCAGCAAGUCUCCGUAAAUCCUGCCAUGACAGAACAUGUUACCUCAUUGCACACGAUCUCUGCAGCGAAACCUAACUCGGAAUGUGAUAAUGACACAAUCCCGGAUCUACAUUUCAACACCCAGGCCGCUUUGUUGCAUGCACAGAAGUCCUUUCAGAAAGAUCUGGAGAGUCAGGAGCACAGCCAAGGGGCAUUCAAGCAAGCUUCAUCGCCUGCCAAUGACAUUACCCCAUUCCACCGGAUGAACCCUUCUGACAGAAUGGGUAAAUUGUCCCGGAUCAACCCUCCAGGAACUGCACGAAUGCCAAUGAGUACACAAUGCAUAAUUGAUGCCGUCACACCGUUCACAUUUAGUACGGAAAAGGCCAGGCCUCGUUUUAUGUCUCCACAGGAGUCAACACCAAGCAGAAUGGAGCCAGGAUCUGCUGGUUCUAGCGCGGCGUCUUCUUCGCCCUCAGAGCAUGAAGACGAUGACGAUGACGAUCCCACCAUUCUGCCACUCAAGUCUGCUGCUCAACCGGACAUCUCAGGCGACGCCGAAGGCAACGCAUUGCCCGUGAUCCUAUCGGAUACCAAUCCGACCACCUAUCCAGACGGACAGGGUGCCGCCCCUGGUGCAGACAGUUUCAAUCUCAGCCAGGCAAUAGCCGACGCAGGCAGCUGGCUGCAGCAGAGCUUCGACAUCAACAAUGAAAUCCAGCAAUGCAGAAGCGCCAAGUCUCGCCCAUCAUCUUCUACGGGUAUUAGUCGCUCUGCAGGGAGCUUGGAUACUUUGAAAUAGCAUUUGCAUGCACGACAGGCGUCAUUGUUCCUCUUCUAACUGGCUUCGCUUUUUCCCUCUUGCGCUACUAUUCUUGGGUGUAUAUAUUGGGAGACUUGCAUCUUGCAUGAGACUUAGCGAUAUGAUAUCCUUGUUUAUACAUAUUAUAGAAAGUUCAAGCUCAAUAUUGGUGGC